GGGAGCGGGAGCUCUGAAUGUGGGAUUGUAUCGGUGCAGGGCUUAUAUGGCAUAAAGCUUCACAACUAGACGCGAAAGGAGUUUUAAGAGGCGAGAUGAAACCAUGGUGAUCUUACGUGAGGGACUCUGUCCAGGACUCUCAACUGGUAUUGUUGCUGCACUUAAAGCUAACAAUGUGAAAACAGUUAUUGAUCUAGUUGCUUCUGACUUGGAAGAGCUUGCUCGAAAAUGCUCCCUAUCAUACAAGACAUUAAUGGCAGUGAGGCGUGUUCUUCUGGCACAGUACUCUGCAUUUCCCUUCAGUGGAGCAGAUGUGUAUGAAGAACUUAAGAGUUCCACAGCUAUCCUUCCCACAGCCAACAGAAAGCUGGACAUUCUCCUAGAUUCUGGGCUAUAUACAGGAGAAGUGACAGAAAUUGCGGGAGCGGCUGGCAGUGGAAAGACUCAGAUGUGUCAGAGCAUUGCAGUCAAUGUGGCAUAUAGUCUAAAACAAACUGUGCUCUACGUGGACACCACAGGGGGUUUGACAGCUUCUCGUCUGCUACAGUUGGUACAGUCUAGAACAGAAAAUGAAGAUGAGCAGGUGGCAUCGCUACAGAGAAUUGAAGUGAUCCGUGUGUUUGAUAUUUACAAAUUGUUAGAUGCCUUCCAGGACCUUAGACAUAAAAUUUCCCAACAGCUUCUAAGGUCUGGAGAACCACUGAGACUUGUAAUCAUUGAUUCUGUCUGUGCUGUAAUAUACCCAAUGCUUGGAGGAAAGCACACAGAAGGUAUGGCCAUUAUGAUGCAACUGGCACGGGAACUGCAGACCAUGGCACACGAUUAUCAUCUUGCAAUUCUUAUAAGUAACAGUAUAACUAAAGAUGGAGCUGCCAGUAUUCGACCAGCCCUUGGACGUUCAUGGAGCUUUGUGCCAAGUACUCGCAUUUUGCUGACCCAGAAUGAGUUAAACUGUGGGCUUUGUACUGUAUCACUCGUGAAAUCUCCUCGACAGCCAACGAAUCUGAAGGUGGAUGUGGAAAUCGGAAUUUGUGGAACUUUAGAGGAAAACAACCCAAGCUCUUCAACAGACUCAUGAUAGAAGAUCCUUUAAAUACACUAAGAAAUUAUGCACAUUGAUAUAUAACUUUCCAACCUAUUGUAAAUAAAAACUGUUUCACUUGGGAAUUUGAUUUGUUCAGGAACUGUUGUUAAAUUUUACCUACAAUUUUUUAUAUAUAUUUUGUUGUAUUAAAAUUCUAAUAUUGUUUCAUUGCUGAGAAAUGGAUAUAUGUUUUACAAGAGAUUGUAAUCUUUAGAUUCCUUAGAAUAAAUGAUCAUACAAUUUAAA